GUUCAAGAUCUUUUUCAAGCACUGAGUUAGAUAUUAGUAAUAUUGUUGAUUUAAAAAUUAAUAUUAAUGAUAUUAAUGAGAAAAAGGGAUCUGAUACUACUUCAACACAAAUACAACCUCCAGAUCUAGCCGAUUUGAUUUAUGAUCCUAGUGAUGUAUUAAAUGGAUUUUUGGAAUAUGAAAGAUAUUGA